GUUGCCUGCCUCGAUCUCGAUCUCGAUCUCGAUCUCGAGCCUCUCCGCCGCACGGCCAUCAACAGCCCCGCCAACAUAUCUUUACAGCCAUGCCCCGCAAGUCCACCAUCAUCAUUUUGGCCCUUGUGCUCAUCGGCGCCUAUGUGUUCUUCUUGCCCACACAGCCUGCCGACCUCAAGGACUCUGUCCUCAGAGGGUUCCGAGCUGGGGAGUCGACAACCCUCUCCAAAACCGGCACUGCUUUCCGUCCGCCUCACUCUUCGCCGAGCCCCGCGGUCCCCAGCGAUGCCGUUGAGAGUGUGAAAAAUCCCAAGAGCACCUCUGCUGUCGUCAAGCCGGUCGAUCCUGAGGCCUUCACCUCCAAAGUCUACCUGGAUGUUGCCCACGGCAACAAGACGGUCGGACGGAUUGUCAUCGGCCUGUACGGCAACAUCGUUCCCAAAACCGCCGAAAACUUCCGAGCUCUUGCCACGGGUGAAAAGGGUUACGGAUACAAGGGCAGCACCUUCCACCGCAUCAUCAGCAACUUUAUGAUCCAGGGAGGAGACUUUACCAAUGGCGAUGGUACCGGCGGUAAAUCUAUCUACGGAUCGGCUUUUGAAGACGAAAGCUUCAAGCUGAAGCAUGCUGGCCCUGGAUACGUUAGCAUGGCCAACAGUGGCAAAAACACAAACGGCUCUCAGUUUUUCAUCACCGUCCGUCAAACUGCGUGGCUCGAUGGUCAUCAUGUUGUCUUUGGCAAGGUGAUUUCCGGAAUGGAUGUUGUCAAGGUCCUUGAAGUUGUCGAAACCCGCUCUGGCGACCAGCCCGUCGUGCCCGUCGUGAUCGUCGACUGCGGCGAGCUGCCCCUCGACUCGAGCAACUGAUUUCGAUCGGGUGCAAUCACACAGCCGCUUCUGUGUCUUCUAUUUCACGGGGACUCUCGAGCAAUCUUACACUUUGCUCAUGUGCAAACGGGACACUACCCAUUCCAUGAACAUGUAGAAUGUGAUGGCUUGCGUCGAGCUCAGCCAUAAGAAAUAGAACAGAUCACUUUGGCAGCUUCUGAGUGAAGACACCGGUCGUUCUCCGGUCUCCACAGUCGACAUGCACAC